CAUACAUAAUUGUAAAGUGGGGAAAGGAGGGGACUGAAAGGAAUAACAGGAUUCUAAAUUUCUAACAGAAUAGCGCUGACAGCCAAUUUAGAAAUGUGCAGAUUGCAAUCCUCACAUAUUACAAUGGCUGCAGUGGCUCUGUAGUUUUUACCUUUCCCCAAUUUGACGUGCGCCGUGCGCCACAAUUGCAACAAUUAAUCGAAAAUACCUUUCGAUUCCUUCUUGUAUUGUGAGAAGAAGAAGAAGAAGAAGAAGAAGAAGACUGGCUUCACUAUUAGGAUCAUCAUACCGCAUACGUGUGAGACUGCAAGAGUGAGGAUUGUCUAGUGCAGUGCAGUGCAUUACAUUACGCUCAAUUACACUGAUUGCACUAUUUACAUCCUAAAAAGACUGAGGAAGGCAUGAGAUUGGUUGAUGUUUGUGGCACGACGCCAAGAUACCAAUACAAAGACUAGGACUAAAGGAAAGAAAGUUUGAUAUUGCUAUGCUGCCUUGUGUCAUCAUCGAGACAUUUAUAAAAAAGGCACUGUCAAAAAAAACAGCAAAAAGUAUUAAGAAAUCUUUGUUGCUGUGCGCGUGUAAAGCAGAGUGAGUGAGUGCAGUGGACAGUGGACAGUGGACAAGUGACUUUUUCGAACUGGAGGAAAUUUAGCUGGUCUAUAAUUUGCCUUUAUCGAUGUUCCAAUUCCACAACAUUGACUUGGCUUACGUACAGUAAUAUGUGCGAGGAGGUAACAGAAGUUGAAGCACAUCAUCAACAAGCUUUAGGUUCUGCCGGUGGUUCUACGAUGGGCGUUGCUGAGGAUGAAACACCGUCAUCGAUAACUUCACAUCCCAAUCUCAGCACCAGUUUAAACCACCCGAACCCUAACCAAGAAGGAGUACUGGAUAUGGCUGCUACCGAAAGUACAAUCAGAUUUAGUGGUCAUACUCUAGACAAGGCAACAAAAGCCAAAGUAACUCUGGAAAAUUAUUAUAGUAACUUAAUAGCCCAACAUAUUGAACGAAAACAGAGACUCGCUAAAUUAGAAGAAUCCUUAAAAGACGAGGGUCUUUCUGAACAGCAGAAACAGGAAAAAAGGUUACAGCAUGCACAAAAAGAAACCGAGUUUCUUCGGCUGAAGCGAUCUAGACUUGGUGUCGAGGAUUUUGAGCCCCUUAAAGUUAUUGGUAGAGGAGCUUUUGGCGAGGUCAGAUUAGUCCAGAAGAAGGAUACGGGGCAUGUUUAUGCUAUGAAAAUUCUUCGAAAAGCAGAUAUGCUCGAAAAGGAACAGGUCGCCCAUGUUAGGGCUGAAAGGGACGUGUUGGUCGAAGCAGAUCACCAGUGGGUUGUUAAAAUGUACUAUAGUUUCCAGGAUCCAAUUAACCUCUACCUUAUCAUGGAAUUUCUACCAGGGGGUGAUAUGAUGACACUGCUCAUGAAAAAAGACACACUUUCUGAGGAAUGUACGCAAUUUUAUAUCGCCGAAACAGCAUUAGCAAUCGAUUCCAUACACAAACUAGGUUUCAUUCACAGGGAUAUCAAGCCGGAUAAUCUGUUGCUUGAUGCACGAGGUCAUAUAAAACUUUCAGACUUUGGGCUUUGCACAGGUUUAAAAAAAUCACACAGAACUGACUUUUACAGAGACCUCAGUCAGGCGAAACCGUCCGAUUUUAUGACGUCACGUGGCAGUGGAAGUGGUGGAGCCAUGGAUAGUAAAAGAAGGGCGGAAAGUUGGAAGCGCAAUAGGAGAGCACUGGCAUAUAGUACAGUAGGAACACCUGAUUAUAUAGCACCAGAAGUUUUCAUGCAAACUGGAUAUGGACCUGCCUGUGAUUGUUGGUCUUUAGGCGUAAUUAUGUAUGAAAUGCUUAUAGGUUACCCUCCAUUUUGUACCGAAAAUCCACAAGAAACGUAUAGGAAAGUUAUGAACUGGCGGGAAACGCUAGUGUUUCCACCAGAGGUGCCAAUCAGCGAAGAAGCAAAAGACACCAUCACAAGAUUUUGCUGUGAGGCUGAUAGGAGGUUAGGUUCACAAAGAGGCGUAGAGGAGUUGAAACUGGCACCUUUUUUUCGCGGUGUUGACUGGGAACAUAUCAGAGAAAGACCGGCUGCUAUUCCAGUGCAAGUGCAAUCUAUUGAUGACACAUCAAACUUUGACGAUUUCCCGGAUGUUAAGUUAGAAAUACCAGCUGCACCAAUGCCUCAAGAUGGUGAAGUGAUUUACAAGGACUGGGUAUUUAUUAAUUAUACGUUCAAACGCUUUGAAGGUCUUACGCAACGAGGAACGCCAACCAAAAAAUAGCAACCGUAAAAAAAAAACAAGUGCAGCAACAAUAAGUCUAGGUUCACAAUUCAUAUUGUCCAUUUCAGGAGUUAUCUUGUUACUCCUACUACUACACUACUAAUACGACGACGACUACAACUAAUAUUACUACUACUACUACUACUACUACUACUACUACUACUACUACUACUACUACUACUAUUACUACUAGUACUAUUAAGCAGAUUUAGUAUAGUUUCGUUACGCGUAAAAUUAUUCACUUGUUCAAUACAGAUACACACACACACACAAACAGUUGGAUGCCACUGAUAUAAGAAUGUAUUUUGUUUUACACACAGAUAAUACUAUGAUGAUGACGGAGAAGGAAAUGGAAAAUUUAAUUGUUCUAAGUGAUUAUAAAAGCAAUACAACGGAAGAAAGAAAGAAAGAAAGAAAGUGUUGCGUGGGCGUGUGUGCACAAUUAGUAGUAAAAUGUGCAUUCAACGUAGAAUAUAAUCAAGGGUUGCACGAAUUGUCUCUGUAUUCAACAUACACAUCUUGAUGGAUAUGAUUGCAAAAGUGGACUUUAGUAUAUAUGUGUAUAUUGAGAUGAUGAUAUAUGAUUCUUGAUUUCCGUUUCGAGAAUUUUAUUUCUAUUUGGCGGCAAAGAGAUUUAUUAAAUUCGACAUUUAGCAUGUAAUAAGCUCUCUGUGGUACGGUGUUUACGAGCAUCAUUAGAACUGGGUGGCCACUUGCCCAGUGUCCGAUUAGUUGAUUCCUUCAUUAUGAGACAUUGUCGUGCAAAAUGCAAAUAAAUAAUGAAUACUUUAUGCA